CCCUUUUUGCUCUUCCUGCUACAUCUGCGCCUCUGAUGCACUCCUCUGCAGAAAAAGUUAUGGACUUGCAGGAGCAGCCAGGUAGCACUAAGUCGCUUGGUCAAGAGGAUUUUACUGCAGUCCCGCUCGAUACUGCUCCUUCUCUUCCUUCCUUCUCUCCUAUCUCAGCUGAUCCCUUUAAAGAGCAUGCAGCCUUUGAUACACUCUCAGAUGGAUUACCUGCAAGAGGCAUUUACAAAGAAAAUGCAAGUGAGGCUUAUAAAGAAACUAUGGAAAGUGCAAGAAAUCCAUUUCUUGCAGAGGGAAAUGAAAAAGACAUUUCAGAGAUGAAAUACUCAGAACCCCCAUUUGCUAAAGCAGAAGCAGCCAUUUUAUCCCAAGCUAAAGAGGAAACACAGCUAGAGGGCCCUAAAGAAUUACCUAAUCUGGAGAAAAUGCCUGCACAGCAGCUGAAAAUGUCUCCAGAAACUCCUCAAGAUUUAUUUGAGAAAAAUGGGGAAGAUCUCUUUUAUAACAGAGACGAAUACGGAGGUGAUGAUCAUGGUGAAAAAGAGGCAUUGAAAGAAGACCUUAGGAGGGAAGAAUAUGCAGACUUCAAACCAUUUGAGCCAAUAUGGGAAGUAAAAGGUAGUAGUCAUGGACUGAGCAGUGUGAGAGAGGAUGUUGGACGUAAGAUAGAUGCCGAACUAGAAAGCAGUUUAGAUGAGAAAUACUGUGUAGGUAAGCUGAAUGUGCAGAAGGAUUAUGAAAGAGAGAGUGAAGGCAGUACUGAAGAUCACUGUUUCCCAAGUACCCCAGAAGCUGUAAAAGAGCCUUCGCAGACUUACAUCAGUUGUACUAAAUUUGAAUCCUCUGUAAGUCCUGUUGGUAACAAAGUCAAAUCUCUUUCUCCACUAGAGGAAGGUACUUCAGAAAAUAGAACCGAUGAUGAGAAAAAAAUUGCAGAAAUGAAAGCUCAGACAAGCACAGAACAGGGUGAUUUUAGCACUCGAGCAGUUGGCAAGCAGGAAGGCCAGGAAGCUGACUAUGCUAAAACAGAGAGUGUAUCAACAGUGCCAUCUGACACUGCAGCAAAUAUGCCUGAAGGUCUUACUCCUGAUCUAGUACAAGAAGCAUAUGAAAGUGAAAUGCAUGAUGUGGCAUGUACAAAACUUGCUUAUGAAACAAAGAUUGAUUUAGUUCAAACCUCUGAGUCAGUACAAGAGACUCUGAAACCCGUGGCACAGCUCUGUCCCUCAUUUGAAGGGACGGAAGCCGCUCCAUCACCAAUAUUGCCAGAUAUUGUUAUGGAGGCCCCACUAAGCACUGGGACUGCUGGUGCAGAAGCAUCUGCUGUGCAUCUCGAAGCUUCCCCGUUAAAAACAUUUAUUCCUACUGCUGAUUAUGAGAAUGUAAAAGAAGAGACUGAAAAGCCUCCCUUAUACCAAGAGGCAGUCAGUGUACCACCAACACAGGCCCAAGAAGCAAAAGAGGUGUUGGCAUUUAAAAAACCUGAUCGUGAGACUAGUGGCAGUCCUGAAGAUAUAGAGACUCCAUAUAUAUCUAUUGCAUGUGACUUAAUUAAAGAAACAAAGGUCUCUGGUGAACCUCCUUCUCUGGCCUUUACAGAUUAUUCAAAGACACCAAUAACGGAAUGCAUUCCUCAGGAUGUGCCUGAACACAAGGAACUUGUUGAAAAACUGUCUCCGCAGUUUGGAAAAUCUGACUUGUUGAACAGCCAGGUGGUACCUGACUUCACUGAGAAAGUGAGCGAAGAUCCAUCUUUCAUCUUAAAAAGUAAAUCAACUGAGAGUAUUGUAACUGAUGACAAACAUGAGGAAGGACUGGUGGAUUCAGCAGGUGCCACGGGCAAACCUUAUCUGGAGUCUUUCCAACCUGAACUCGACUCUUCCAGAAUUGUUGCCACUCUGCCAUCUGAGCCAGCACCUACAAAAAUAGCCAAGGCAGAGAAGAUUCCUCUUCAAAUGGAAGAGCUGAAUGCUAUGCCUUAUUCAGCUGAUGUAUCUGUUGCUACAGAACCAAAAACGGGAGACAACAAAGGUCUCUCAUCCUUGGAGUCCUCUCCAGGCCCAGUGGAAGAAGACUUUGUGAUGUUAGCUCAUCCUAAAACUGCGCCUGAGUUUGGGACACAAGCCACCGACAGAGAAGUAAUGCACAGAGAUGAAAGUGAAGAGAUCAGUAAGGUGAUCAAAGGUGAGAAGAUGCAGUUGCCUUGCCCAGAGCUACCCUGUGAUCUGUCUGUAAAGAAUGUAGAAGUAAAAGCUGAGGAAGAUCCUAAUGCUUUGAAAAAGUCCUUGGAGGCUGUGGACAGAGAAGUGCCUGAAGUAUUCACAAUGUCCUUACCGGCCACAGAUACCUCACCUUUAUCUGCUGAAAAAGAGAUAGUCGUACUAAAACCAGAAGCUUUUGAGAAGGAAACUGGGCGAGAAGCUGCUCCUGUUAAAGAAAAGGAAAAACCUACUGCUGUGUUUUCAGCAAAGCUGAAUAAGUCUUCAGUUGUUGACCUCCUUUACUGGCGAGACAUUAAGAAGACGGGAGUGGUGUUUGGUGCCAGCUUGUUCCUGCUGCUUUCAUUAACAGUGUUCAGCAUCGUGAGCGUGACAGCUUACAUUGCCUUGGCCCUGCUUUCUGUGACCAUCAGCUUUAGGAUAUACAAGGGAGUUAUCCAGGCAAUCCAGAAGUCCGAUGAAGGCCACCCGUUUAGGGCUUACUUGGAGUCUGAUGUAGCUGUGUCUGAAGAGCUUAUUCAGAAAUACAGUAAUGUUGUGCUUGGUCACAUUAAUGGCACAGUCAAAGAGCUGAGACGUCUCUUCCUAGUCGAUGACUUAGUUGAUUCUCUGAAGUUUGCAGUGUUGAUGUGGGUAUUCACUUAUGUUGGUGCCUUGUUUAAUGGUCUGACAUUACUGAUUCUGGCUUUGAUUUCACUCUUCAGUGUUCCUGUUAUUUAUGAGAGACAUCAGGCCCAAAUUGACCAUUAUUUGGGACUUGUGAACAAGAAUGUCAAAGAUGCGAUGGCUAA